GAUAUAUAAAGAGGCCCAGCUUGGAUAUAUAAAUCAGUUCAAUUACAAAACUGAAUAAAAAAUGAAAGCCUUCCUCGUCUUCGCCCUCGUCCUGGGAAUCAGUGCAGCAGCCCUGAUCAAACCCCUUACGGAUGAAGAAAAACAAAAAGUGAGAGCUGCCCACGAAAAAUGUCAAACUGACCCCGCAACCGCUGUCCCAAAAGGCACUUUGAAACUGAUUCACGAGGGCCACGCCUCUGAGGUCCAGAACUUGAGAGCGCACAUGUUGUGUAUGGCCAAGAUAACCAAAGUCAUCAAGGAGGACGGAAAACUCAACGUCGACCUGUUGAAGACCAAAUGGGCCGAACAUUACGACGCCGCCGACCUAGCCAAGUUGCAACAUUGCUUGGUUGAUAAGGACACUCCUGAGGAGACAGCUGUUGCUUUGGCCAAGUGCCAGCGUGAAGCUGUCGGUUCCAUUUUGCACCAUCAUCAUGAAUAAUUUUUCGUUGUUUUUUUUAAUUGUUAAAUCGAUUAAUAAAUAAUAAAAUAGAUUUUAAAGCGAA